AUGGCUGAAGAUUCUGAGCUAUGGGAUGUCAUAUGUGAUAGACCAUUUGUUUCUACCAAAAACCUUGGCGACCCACCAGUAGAAAUUCCCAAGAUAAGGAAAGAAUUCAACGAUGCAGAUAGAAAGGCCAUAGAGAAGAACUUUCGUGCUAAGAAAAUUCUGGCAUGUAGUAUUGGACCGGAUGAAUACAACAGGAUAUCAUCGUGUCAGUCAGCUAAAGAAAUCUGGGAAGACCCGCAGACAGCUCAUGAAGGAACAACACAUGUCAAGCAAUCCAUGCUCACAACUGAAUACGAGCUCUUCAGGAUGCAAGACAAUGAAUCUGUCCAAGAAAUGCAUACCCGGUUCACCUCGAUAAUUAAUGAGCUUCACUCUCUUGGUGAAACUAUUCCAAGAAAGCAAAGUGAAUGCCAUUACAAAGCUGGUCAGAAAGAUCCUAAGGGUGCUACCCAAUUCUUGGGAAAGCAAAGUGAAUGCCAUUAUAGAGGCAAAGGACUUGCAAGAGCUAAUUAUUGA